AACACGGGCUCGUUAGCACGCGUACCACGACUGUAGCGCGCCAACUUAUAAGAAAUUAUUGACGCAUGGUUUCACUUACUACUGUUGUGGAAGGUUCGUGGGGUUCGCCGGGCGAUGGUCAAUAUCAUAUACAAACGGAUGAAGGACCGGAGCGGUACUUUCGCUUCCAAACGGACAAUGGACAAUUUCGUAAGGAACGUCGUCUCCAAGACGGUACAGUUGUAGGCACCGAAGCUUGGAUAGACGCCGCUGGAUUUCUACGUCAAAAGGACUACAUCGCUGACAAAGAUGGUUACCGCAUAUUGAAAUCGAAAACAGUCUUUGUUGGCAAUGGCAGACACAUCGAGGAUGCCAUCAAAGCAACCAAAUCUGUGCCAGCCCAGUCCGGCGUUCUUCUUAAUGGUCGCUCUGGACUUCAUCAUUCGAAUAGCGUGACUCAUAUCGAAAAAUCGAAGCCAACCGGCUAUGUCUACUCCACCACCACUACAACGCCUUUGCCGCCUACAAUCGGUGCGCCCGUAGUGGUUCAUGAUCCAGCUUCAGAAGCUUACGAUGGCAAACUGAACUAUCUCUCUCCAGCCGAGGCUGCGAAUAUUGAGCCAUCUGGCAAACUCGGUUUCGAUCACUACCCUGAUGAGUUGCCUCGUCUUCUGCAUCGUGGACGCGUCCAUGCUCAGCAUGUUCAUCCGAGUGUAAACUCCUACGAAACUCCAUCUAGCAAUUCGAUAACAGAUUAUAAUCAAAUAACUAAUACCGCAGCAGCCGUGGCGGCGCCGUCUCUACCAGCGCUCGACAUGCAGCCGCCUUUGCUCAACAAAGGUGCAACUCGCCAACGCUUGCGUCCGAUUGCUGUCUACGAUCCCAAACCGGCAGCUAUAUCGGGCGAUGAAGCAACCAGCAGCUACGGAUAUUCUUCACCCACACCAUUUGUACCAGCCACCGCUGGAAGUGGGUCCAACGCGAAUGGCGGAUAUUAUUACCAACAGUCCGCAACGCAGCCUACACAUACAGAUACAGCGGCUAAUGCCUUGGAGAUCAAUCAGCUAGAAGGUGGACUGCUGCCACCAUUACCACCGCCGCCGAGUCGCCGUCACCGGCCGGCAGCACUAAGCAGCGGCGCCAGCGAGCCCGCGCAGUACGAUGGAGUCGGUGCAACUGCCAAUGGUUUCCGUUAUUUCCUACCACGCCAAUAUCACGAGGAGGAACAAUUCGGGGACGACAAGCGAGCCGGUAGCUUUGGCUACGUGGAUCCCUUCGGCAUUCGGCGAGUUGUUUACUACAAUGCAUCGCCCGGCCGUGGGUUUGUCCAUAGAAACAAUAAUCGAUACGUGGGUCUUGGAGCAACUCCCUACGAUGCUGCUGUCUAAGAUGAAGCGAAGUCGCAGCUAUGCGGAACUGCGAAGCUAAGCAACAGAACUCUCAAACUGCGAAAAUAUUUUUUUACAAAAAACGCCGUCUUAAGUCUAACAUCAAACAACCCAGGAACCAAUUAACCCAAAGCAGCAAUCAACUAGCCAAAGACAAAGAAGAGACUUUGGAGUGAUGGCUUAGCAAAAUAAAAAUGUUUAUUUAGAAUUACGUUUAAUUACUACUGGCAAACAAAUUUGCCAAAGAAUUGCCAGAGGUGAAGAAAAGAAGUGAUGGAGAUUUAAGAUGGAAUCGGCCAAUUAUUGCCUGCGAAGGGGUGUGAAAGCUGUGCGCCUAAAUGGGAUGUAUUGUUUGUAUAUUGAGCAUACACACACAUGUGUAAAUAUGUUUGUGCGAGUAUGUAUCUGUAACUGUAUUAGUGUGAUUUUAUUUAAAAUAUUAUUAUUUUUUUUAAACGAAAUGCAACAGCUGUGAGCUGACAAUUAGUAACUGGGGAGUAUACUGGGGUGUCGAACGAAUACGACGAUCGUAAUAAGUAAUUACUUAGUUAAUUAUGUAUGUAGCUAACGGAAUCACUUUCAUGUAUUAAUCUUGCCAUAUUAACAAAAAUCAAAGAUAAACACAAAGCAGCUAACAUAUUUAAAGGGAAAAGAAAACAUAAAAAAA